AUGGCAGCCCCAAAUCAACCCAACCCUAUCAGUAUCCAGCGAGGUGACUACAACUGGACGCCCUUAGCUCCCCUUCUGAUGUCUCUUGGACGCUUCCUCUCCAUCCCCCUUCAAUACUACAUCAUCAACAAACACCCACUCUCCAGCUCCCUUGAUACACCCCUCCCACCACUCCACUUUACUCUCUUCCUCGCCAUGACCGUCACUCUCGCAACCAAACAAACAAUAUGGCUCUUCACAUACUGCUUCGAACGGAUCACCAUCCCCUUCGCAAUCUCCGCAAUUCUCGUAACAGCACUCUACGAAUCUAUCUCUGCCCUAAUCUUUAGCGUCACUCCUUCGAACCCCCUCUGGCAUCCUUAUUUUCUAUACAUCGGCUUCAUAAUCCACUUGCUCGCCGCGCUCGCGGAACUCGCUUGCGAGCUCCCUCGUGCGAAAUUCAAACGUGAUCCAAGGAACAAAGGGAAACUAUAUACGAACGGACUUUUUGGCAUUGUUAGACAUCCAAAUCUUGCGGCGAAUCUGGUGUAUGGGACUGCGUACGGGUUUGCUGGUGGGGGGCCGGUGUACGCGAUCUUUACGGGGGGUUUUUAUUGGGGAAAUCUGACGGGGAAUGCGAUUCCGGAGAAGGAGAGGUAUUUGGGAGAAAAGUAUGGGGGGUUAUGGGAAAGGUAUACAGGGGUUGUUGGGUGGAAGAUGAUCCCUGGGAUUUAUUGA